AUGUCUGAGCCAAAAGCGGGGUCAUUGCUUGAGCACAUGAACUCUGGGAGAGCAGACGGUGUCCCUGCAGAUGGAGACGGUGGCCAGGCCUCGCUGGAAAACCAGCUCAGCGUGGCUGACUUUGUCAACAUACAGAAUGCUUUUGAGCCCACAGAACCAGACCAAACCAUUGCUAUGUCCAGAGAAGAAUUUGUGGAGAGGAUGAAAGAGAUUAUUGGUUGGGGCACACAGGAAGACUAUCAGAAGCUCUUUGACAAAGUGGAUGUGGCCCGAGAUGGCUUCAUUAAUUGGGACAAGCUGACCUCAUUUAUACUUUUAGCGCUCUAUGAAAAAGAUGAACGCGCCAAGGCCACUGUGGUUCCCCAGUGGAAGGCUCUGGAAUUCCUCCCAGUGAAACACAAGGACACCAUCCAAAAAAUUAUUUUCUUAAAAAGUUCCAAUCGUUAUCUGACUAUCAGCAAAGAAGGUUUCUUAGGAAUCUGGGGAGACAAUUUAAAGCUGCAAGAAAUGCUUCCUGUCACUUCAGAUGCCACCAAGCUCAAACAUCUGUGGGUGACAAGUCUUGUUUCUCUGGAAAAUGUGAACAAGAUAGCAGUGGCUUUUACCAGUAAAGAGAUUUGUUUCUAUGAUCUGCUGUCUAAAGAAGAAUUUCCUUGUCAAUACAAACUCCAAGGCCUGAAAGCAACACCAAUUUGCAUGGAUUAUUGGUAUGACCCUCUUGAUGCCAAUGAGUCAAUUCUUUCUUUUGGAGACCUAACUGGAAAGGUUUACGUGAUUUGUUUCACCUCGGCCUUGAUAUCCUUGUUUGAGCGUCCUGCUAAUGCUUUUGAAGGGGAAGAUAGCACAGUGACCAUCAACUGGACAGAACUGCUCUCUGGGUAUCACAAGUGUUGCUACGUAUUAGCGCAUAAACAUCAUUGUGGAGAUUGGGUCAGACAAGUUUUUUACAAUGCAUCCUUAGACGCUAUCAUUUCCAGUACAACCAGCAAUUCAAACUCUGUGGUGCUCGCUUGGAGAGAGAAAUCAAAAAAACAUCUUCAAAUGACAUCCUUCAACAUUGCCCAGGGCAUUCAUGCCUUUGAUUACCACUCCCGGCUCAAUUUAAUUGCAACUGCUGGCAUUAACAAUCAAGUUUGCCUCUGGAAUCCCUAUGUCGUCUCCAAGCCAGCUGCAGUUCUUUGGGGUCAUUCUGCCAGUGUCAUAGCUGUCCAGUUCUUUGCUAAAAGAAAACAACUCUUCAGCUUCUCCAAAGAUAAAGUUUUGAGACUCUGGGACAUUCAACACCAGCUGUCCAUCCAGAGGAUAGCGUGUUCUUUCCCCAAAAGUCAGGACUUCAGAUGCCUCUUCCACUUCGAUGAAGCUCACGGACGCCUUUUCAUCUCAUUUAACAACCAGCUAGGUUUGCUGGCAAUGAAAAGUGAAGCCAGCACCCCUGUGAAAAGCCACGAGAAAGCGGUCACCUGUGUUCUUUACAGCUCUGUCCUGAAGCAGGUAAUCAGCUCAGAUAUCGGCUCUACUGUUUCCUUCUGGAUGAUAGACACCGGGCAGAAAAUCAAACAGUUUACUGGUUGUCAUGGAAACGCAGAAAUCAGCACCAUGGCCCUAGAUGCAAAUGAGACACGGCUUUUGACUGGCAGCACAGAUGGGACAGUAAAGAUAUGGGACUUCAAUGGAUAUUGUCACCACACAUUAAACAUUGGACAAGAUGGAGCUGUGGACAUUUCACAGAUCUUGGUUCUUAAGAAGACCGUACUGGUUACAGGCUGGCAAAGGGCUAUUACUGUGUUUCGAUCCCAGAACUUCAAUCAAUUUUCUGUCCAGCCAGAAGAAUGGGAAGGAGGGGUGCAACAUCAUGAUGAUAUUUUAUGUGCUGCAUUUUCACCUCCGCAAACUCUGGCUACAGGAAGCUAUGAUGGAGAAAUUGUUCUAUGGAACAGUAGCACAGAAAAUGCUCACCACGUCCUUCAUCCAGAUUACCAGAGACUUCUAAAAUCAAAAUCUCAUGAGCCUCCCAGGGCUCGAAGGAGAAGCUCCAGCACCACAGACCAGGCUGCCAUGGGAAACUGUUCCUCUGAGAUUGACACUGAGGGCAAUAACGCUGUAAAGAGGCUUUUCUUCCUUGAAGCACGAAAAAACACAGCUGUGACAGAAGGAGCAAACCUUGUGUCGUGUGGAGGACGUGGGUAUGUGAGAUUCUGGGAUACAGUCAAGAAGCAACUUCUAGCUGAAUUUUUGGCUCACAGUGGAGUUGGAUCAAUUAUUAUGUCUACUGAUAAACUGAAUCGAUACCUUGUCACAGGGGAUCAAGAUGGCUGGUUGAAAAUCUGGAAUAUAGAGGAGUAUUGCCUUCAUUCCAGUAAAGACAAAGUCACACAGCCCCCACCACUGAUCAGAUCAUUCCGACCUCGUGAAGAUCGAAUAAGCUGCUUAGAAAUGUGUGAGCUGGGUGGCCGAUCGCUAAUCAUUUCCUCCUCAGCAGAUUGCAUUUCUGUGGCUGACGUUUGCGGUUCUCCUAUUUGGAUCUUUGGUCAGGUGGAGCACUGGCAAAUAGAAAAUUCUAUUUCCUUUCCAAAAAGAAAUUUUAAUAUGAUGGAAAGUGGAGCUCAAGAAGAAAUCCCAAGGACAAUUCCUUUACUUUCUAAGGAAGAAUCCUGUUUAGACCAUAGAGAACAUUUUGUGUUUGAUAAGACAAACACAGAAGAUUCAACGCAUGAGUUCAAAACAUCAGAAGACAUAAAUUUAGGUGUUAAAUAUAAAGAAAGAAAUAUCCACAAGAGAAGAAGACAUAAACUUUACAAUUAUGAAGUUUUUAUAAAAGCAACCAGUGCAUUUAGGUCAUUAAGCAUCGGAGCCCUUGAAGAGCUGCCUGAAGUGAGUGAGCCUGCUUUUCUUCGAGACCCGGAGAAAUACUUUCGGGAGGAACCAGAAGAGAAACGUCCCCAGAUUCCACACCUUCCAUCACUUUCUGAAACUUUGAAAGCUGUAUUUGAUGAGAAAAGCUUGUUCCCUAAAGAAAUUCUGGAUCGUGAAAGAAGAACUAAGCAAUGUCAGGAAACGAGUAAUGAAGUGAAGAUAAAAAGAAAUAAGAAGCAAUUAUAA